ACAACCGCCGCCUCUUCAACUUCCCUUCCACUGAAACUUCCUAUAUGUUUUUCUUCUUUUAUCUUACAUUUAUUUUGUUUAUUUCUAUUUAAUUUAAUCAUUAAUUAUUCUUAUAUUUAUGUUAACAUAUGAUUAAUUACGCAUAUAAAUGAAUAUACACGCAACAUAAAUUUUCAUCUUCUUUGUUGUGAAAUUUUGUCGAGAAUCUUAAGGGAUUACAGUUAUUCCUAACUACUGGAGCAUAAAGAAAGGACAGUUGAAGGUAUCAUUUUCAAGGAAUUCCCUUUCAUGAAAAGGAGUUGAGUGGGGAAGAAGGAACAGGCCAGAAGAGCUCUGAAUGUGAGUGUUCCUCGCUGAAAAUGUGCGUGUCCGAGUAACAUGCUGAGAGUUCCAGCCCCAGCCUAACCAACAAUGGUACUCCCGCGACAUGGACAAAAGGCUGGGGACAAAACCUAAAACAGAAAAGAAGAAAAGAAACUAAAUACAUGUAGGAAUAUGAAAAAGCACGAGGGGCACUCUUAUCCCUCACAAUUCCCAUUAGUUAAUUCUAUUCUCCUACUCCAUUACUGGUCCCUCUACUCUUCCCAGUGGUGAGGGUGGAACUAACUUCCACGACCUUUGAUAACUUCUUUUUGCCAUUGUCUAAUUGUGUGAUUUGCGUGAAUUCGGGGUCAAGUUGUAUUAAUGGGAUCUGGGUUUCUGUAAAGAUGUAUUCUUUUGUUCUUCUUUUUCUUUUUCAUCACGCCUUAUUCUUUUCUUUUCUUUAUUUUCCCCUCUGUAGUAGCUCUCUUUCUCAGUGUGAAUCUAUCAGGCAAAUUUUCAGCAGCAGAAAGAAUCUAGUUGGAGCAAUCAGCGUUAUUGACCAGUAGAUUAUGUGGUUUAGUGAAAGCCUGCCAAAGUGUGUGUGAAUAAUUAUUAUUAAUAUAUAAAGGGGAGCAUCAAUGUGGUCAAAUGUGCGCAGUCUGGAUGGAUGCAUGUGAGUCAGAGCAAGCAUUACAGAAACGAUCAACAGAAGAGACUACAAGACCCCCAUUGGUUCCCGCUGACAACAAAAAUGAAACCACCCGUCGGUCUCGAACCAGAGAUGUUAGUUCUAGGUAUAGGUCUCCUACACCGUCGACAGCUGCCAGUCCAAAAUGUUGUCCUUCGCCAACUGUUAAGGUAUCAUCAAACUCAACUGUACUGGCACCAAAGAGGGCUAUAUCGGCCGAAAGGAAGUUCCCCUCUAGACCGUCAUCCCCACCUAGCCUGUCUCCGUCGACACCAGUCGGGGAUACAACUGCAGAAAUGCUAUUUGCAUCAAGGAAAAUAGUAGGCAACAGAUUACCAGAGUCUUUAUGGCCAUCUACCGUGUGCAAUCGCUGUGUUUCUUUACAAUCUGAUACCUUGACUCGUCCUGUUAAUAAGAUGGAGAAACCAGUGUCUCAUGCUCUUUCGGAUCGCAAUAUGAAGUCAUCAUUAAAUAUAACCUAUAGAAAGGGUGAAACUCCUCCUGCUUCUGGAAAGCCCACGCCAGAAAGGAAGAGGAGUCCACUUAAAGGAAAGAAUUCUGUCAAUCAGUCCGAGAAUUCAAGACCGGUUGAUAGUUUGCCUAGCCGAUUAUUGGAUCAACAUCGAUGGCCAAGUAGAAUCCCAGGAAAAGUAUCCUCCAACAUUUUGAACAGAAGUAUCGAUAUUACUAAAAAAAAUAGCAAAACGCCAACUUCAUCCCAUUUAGGAAUGGGUACACGUACCCUAAGGAGAUUAUCUUUUGAUGGGGCAAGUAGACCUUUGCAAAAAUCUUCUAGUGACUUGUUAACCUUAGUAUCUAGUGAUCGAAAUGAUAGUUCAAGUUCGAAUUGUUUUUCAGCUGAUGAUGGUUCAUUGCUGAUUCAAAAGCCCGGGUCUUCAAGUAUAUUUGAUGGAACACCUUUAGUGAAGCCUGCUGUUAGAUCUCAGUCCUUGCCUCGUGGCUCUCGCCCUGCUUCGCCCUCUGUAACUAGAGAGAUCAGUCUGUCUCGAACAAAGACUGUCAAUUCCUCUUCUUCUAUAGGUAAUAGUCCUGCUCAGGUAAGACCAUCGAGCCCAUCCAGACAACCACAGGCUUCAACUUCUGUUCUCAGUUUUAUUGUGGAUAUUAAGAGAGGGAGGAAGGCUGCAAAUCACAUAGAAGAUGUUCAUCAAUUGAGGCUGCUAUAUAAUCGACAACUGCAAUGGCAAUAUGCAAAUGCUCGAGCAGAUGCUGCAUUGCGCGUUCAGAAAGUAAAAGCAGAGAAAACAUUGUAUAGGGUGUGGAGAACAAUUGUAGAUCUACGUGAUUGGGUGAUUGGGAAACGGAUUGACAUCCAGCAACUAAGGUUCAAGUUGAGGCUCUGCAAAGUUUUGAACAAUCAGGUGGUAUGUCUUGAUAAGUGGGCUUCAAUUGAAACAGAGCACACCAACUCAUUGUCAUGGGCUAUCCAAGAUGUGCAGGCAGGCGUUCUCUGUAUUCCCAUUACUGGGGGAGCAAGGGGAGACAUUGAAGUUGUUAAGGCAGCUGUAUGCUCGGCCCUUGAUGUGAUGCAGGCGAUGGGAUCCUCCUUAUGCUCCAUUCUUUCACAGGUGGAGGGGAUGAACGGCCUGGUUUCUCAACUUGCUGAUGUUUCAGAAAAAGAAAGAGCCAUGCUUGAUGAAUGUGAAACACUUAUGGCUUCUAUAGUUGCAACGCAGGCGGAAGAGUACAGCCUUCGGACACAUCUGUUACAGUUAAAACAAGCUUGGGAAGACAGUAAACCGCUGACAUUUGAGUAAAAAAAAAAAAAAAAUCCCGAAAAGUUUUCCAUACGUGACAUUCUAACUUCUUGAGCUCUUUCUCCUCAGGGACGACAAGAAGACUCUCUUGUGGCUUUAGUGAGUGUAUAAUUGAUGUUUCUUUUGGUCACUUCUUAUAGAUAGAAUUUGUAACGUAUUCAUCUUUACUCAGCCCGUCUUGGGCGGUUGCUUUAUGCUUUCUACUUCUACAUAAACUUUGUAUAAUUAAUUAAAAGAAAAAUUUCAAGGAAAGGAAUCA